AUGACAGAGGUGGUGCCAUCCAGCGCCCUCAGCGGGGCCAGCCUGCGCCUCCUCUGCCACAAUGACACAGACACUGUGAAGCAUCUGUGUGCCGACUGGUUCCCCAUCAGGUACCCAGACUCAUGGUACCGUGACAUCACCUCCAACAAGUUCUUUUCCCUUGCUGCAACCUACAGGGGUACCAUUGUAGGAAUGACAGCAGCUGAAAUAAAAAGUAGGAGCGAGAUACACAAGGAGGAUGGAGCUUUUCUAGCCUCCACCUUCUCUGUUGACACACAAGUUGCAUACAUUCUAAGUCUGGGAGUAGUGACGGAAUUCAGAACGCACGGCAUAGGUUCUCUUUUACUUGAGAGUUUAAAGGAUCACGUAUCCACCACUGCCCAGGACCACUGCAAAGCCAUCUACCUGCACGUCCUCACCACCACCACCACAGCAAUAAACUUCUACAAAAACAGAGACUUCAAGCAGCACCACUGUCUCCCCUAUUACUAUUCCAUCCGUGGGGUCCUCAAAGAUGGCCUCACUUAUGUCCUCCACAUCAAUGGUGGCCACCCUCCCUGGACCAUUGUGGACUACAUCCAGCACCUGGGUUCUGCUCUAGCAAACCUGAGCCCCUGCUCCAUCCCACACAGGAUUUCCCGCCAGGCCCACAGCCUGCUCUGCAGCUUCCUGCCACGGUCGAGCAUCUCCAUCAAGGGCGGCAUUGAAUACAGCCAGACCAUGUGA